AUGUUCCUGAGUUACAGCUGUGAUGAACCUAUUUCCUACCAACAAUCUAUGAAGAGACCCGAUAAAAGAAAAUGGGAAGAAGCCAUAAAUAAAGAAUUGCAAACACUGGAGGAAAAUAAUACAUGGGAAGAGGUGGCAGAAGUUCCUGACGGAGAAAACAUAACAAUAAGCUUGCCAUUGAUGUUAGAAAUUUAUCAUAAACAAUGGAUCCUCGGUAUUCAAAGAGUACAAGCACUUUUGUUUUAU